UAGUCUAAAAUAGGUGGGUCGAUAAAUAGUUAGGUGGAGUCGUGUGUCUAUGUGUACUAAGCCGUGCGCGUGGGUCGCAGGGCGGUGGCGUCGAUGUUGAUCUCGCGCAGUUUGCGAGGCACGUCCGUGGGCAUGCGCAGGACCUGCAGCAGACACUUGGCGCCUGGCGCUUUGAUCGCAUUCCGAUGGAGGUCCAGCACUUCCAGGGCGUCGAACCCGCGCGACUUGAAGACGGCGGCGAGGGCGCCGGCGCUGCGGUCGGCAAGGGCGUUCUGGCCCAGUCGGAGCGUCGUCAAGGACGCGUUCGAGUGGGAAAAUGCCCACGCCAGCGACAUCAUGCCGGCGUCGGCAAUGUUGUUGUCGGACAGCACCAGCACUUGCAUCUUGGGCGCGGCAUUCGCGAGCCACAGACUCAUGGCCGUGGCGCCGUAGUCCUGGAGUCCGUUGGCAGCGCAAUGGAACUCGGUGAGAUGGGGACAUGCGCCUUGGGAUAGCGCAUGGAAGACCGUGCGCAGCGGAUGUUCGUUGUUUGACGAAAAGUGAUCGCGGAACAGACCCGAGACGGUGAGGGACUUUAGGUUCUUGCACGCACCGGUUUCCAGGCACUUGGCGAAGGCAUGGCAGAUCGCGGACGGCGACAGCAUUGCUCCUGUACUCGAUGGACAAGGGCUGGUCAACGUCAAUGUUUCCACCAUGGUGAACCCUGGAGGGAAAGGGCACUGCCCCGACAACAUGUUCCCAAGUGUGUCUAGACUCAACACGAGGGUGAGGCGGUCCUUCUCGCUCGACACGGGGAUGCACAACUGCGACAUGGGAAUGACGCCGUUUGUGGACGUGACAGCGAUCGGCGCAUCCUUCGUUCGACGAGCGUACGAUCGCGACAAGUUGGCGGGUACCAACACCUCGGAUAGUGAUGGUGGUCGCGCGAUGGGUUGUACGGACGAUGACGAGGUCGUUGAAGUCGACGACGCCAGUGAGGACAAGGAGGACGAAUGCGACAACGUGGGAAGGAGGGAAGGAAGGGAUGCAAUAGUCGGCGUCGCCCGGGGAACGUGCUGAUGCUGCUGCUGGGAGUGAUAUGGAUGGGUGAGGUCUACAACGUCACUGGGGCGACGACGCUUUUGCACGCUACCGUACAAGUCGCGAACGCUGUCGUGGACCCGAUGUGGAAGCGUGUGGAUAUCUUGGUAGGCAGCAAUAGACGACGCGAAUUGGACGAGUUUGUGGUCAAUGCGUGCAGCCACCUUGGACAGGUGUUCUGGGGACGCUUGGCAGCGUUGUCGGAGGAGCAGCGCGAUCUGUUGUCGUACGCCCUGUCGGAUCGACAGCGGCACCUGCAGGGAUGAAGAAGGCGGGUUUGCAUGUAACCGUGUUGUACUGGCGGCACCCACGGCGGCGGCGGCCGGCGUGGUACUAGUAGGCGCGUGCAUGGUUGGAC